GUGUUGCCCCGCCCCGCUUAGCGUCAGACGUCACGCCAAUCCCGCCCCCUCCCACACGUCACUGGCCCUUGGCUGUGCCCGCUUGGUGCCGCCCGGUGUUUCCCGGUGUGAGUUGCCCCCAAGGAUGGCGGCCAGCGCGAAACGAAAGCAGGAGGAGAAGCAUCUCAAAAUGCUUCGGGAGAUGACCAGCCUCCCGCACAACCGCAAAUGUUUCGACUGUGAUCAGCGCGGCCCGACAUACGCCAAUAUGACUACGGGGGCCUUCGUGUGCACGUCCUGUUCCGGAAUCCUGCGCGGUCUUAACCCACCCCACAGAGUGAAGUCAAUCUCUAUGACUACGUUUACACAGCAAGAAAUAGAAUUCCUACAGAAGCAUGGCAAUGAUGUAUGCAAACAGAUAUGGCUAGGAUUAUUUGAUGACAGAUCUUCUGCAAUCCCAGAUUUUAGAGACCCACAGAAAGUAAAAGAAUUCCUCCAGGAAAAGUAUGAAAAGAAGAGGUGGUACGUUCCUCCAGAGCAAGCGAAGGUGGUCGCGUCUGUUCAUGCUUCUAUUUCAGGGUCUUCUGCUAGCAGUGCCAGCAGUACACCGGAGGUCAAACCACUGAAAACACUUUUAGGCGAGGGUGCACCAGCACUGCAGUUGAACAAAGGGACCCCUAGCCAGGUGAAUGCUAGAGAGUCUCCGGUCGUCACUCGAAAUCAGGUGCCCCAGGCGCAUCACGAGAAGAAACAGUUUGACCUUCUGAGUGACCUUGGAACAGAUAUCUUUGCUGCCCCUGCCUCCCAGCCCGCUGCCAGCGCCAACUUCGCCAAUUUUGCUAAUUUCAACAGUCACACAGCUCACAAUUCUGCCCAUGCAGACUUUGCAAACUUUGAUGCAUUCGGACAAUCUAGUGGUGUGAAUAAUUUUGGAGCUUUCCCCCCAUCAAGUCAGACACCCACCCCGCCCUUAAACACAGCGUUCAGAACGCUCUCCUCCAGUUGCAGUUUUGGCGACUUUACGUCUGCUUUCUCUCUGCAGACCACUCACCACCGCACAAACGCCAAUGCAAAUUUUGCUCAGUUUGACAAUUUUCCCAAGUCAUCGAGUGCUGACUUUGGCGCCUUCAAUUCAACGGCACACAGCACGGCGCCAAGCAAAACUGUCUUGAGUAAAAUGAGCCAGCCUGCAGCUGAUAAAUACGCGGCACUCGCUGAUCUAGACAAUAUGUUUAGCACUGUUCAAGGUGGAGGUGGUGGUCAAUCAAGCAGCUAUAGCAGCACGUCUGUUCCUGCACCGUCUGGCCCAGCGGUACCAGCCCCUACAGACAACAAUGUUUUCGGAUUGGGUUCAGCAGUUCCCACAGCACACACGCACCCUGUUGCAUCAGCAGCGGGACCCUUUGCAGCUCCUGCCUCUACAAAUCCGUUUGUCUCAGCCUCUGUGGCCCCUGCAGUUAAUCCAUUCCAGACUAAUGGCCGCGCACCUCCAGGGGUACGAGACGGCCACGCGGCAGAAGCCCCAUUCCAUGCUUUCCACCAGACCCGACUAGCGACAGCCGCAGGAGCAUUGGAUGUCUCUUCCUUUGGCACAGCAUCUCUAAGCAUGCCCGCUGGCUUUGGAACACAGACACCAUACAGUCUUCCUACAAGCUUUAGUGGGAGUUUCCACCAACCUGCCUUCGCCCCUCAAACAGCCUUCCCCCAACAGACUGCUUUCUCGCAGCAGCCUAAUGGGAAUAUACAAGGUGCAGGGUUUGCUGUAUUUGGGCAGACCAAGCCUGUUGUUACUCCGUUUGGCCAGGUUGCAGCUCCUGGAGUCUCUAGCAAUCCUUUCAUGGCCGGGGCACCUUCGGGGCAGUUUCCAACUGGAAGUUCAUCCACGAACCCUUUCUUAUAGCCUUAGACUAACACAGGAGAUUACCGGGCAUCACCGUACAUGUACUGCCUCUUGCACUGUUUGUCUUGUUUAACCAGCGUAAGCUUUAAACACAGGGAGUUCUUUCAGAGCCUGCAAUUAUAUAUAUAUUUUUUUGUAUUUAAACAAAAAAGGAGGACAAACAAGGUAAUAUGUGCAAUUGGAAAGCCUUUUAGCAUCAAAACCCUUCACUGCCUGAAGGUUUGACUGGUAAUUUCCUAGCAGAGCGGAGAGUCAAUAGCUCUUCAGCAGCGAAGGGUCUAACCUGAGGCGUAUCAUGUAUAUUAAAUUUGGUAAGUUAUUGCAGAUUCCAUAUUCAUUAAGCUGCAGUACUGUACAUAUAUUUUCUUAGGGACUAGUUAAUUAUUCAUAUCAGUAUUUCUAACUCUUAACACCGUACCCGAUGCUGGAGAGCUGAAGCAGGUUCCGGAUCCAUCACUUAAAAUGGAAAGAAAAAAAAAAUUUGUUUUAACAAUCUGGUUUCAAAGGGAGUGGGGAUUGCAAAAGCAAUGUGGUCUUUAUUACAAAUUUUAUUUGUUGACAAAAGACAAACUUUUAUUUUGCCCAAUAAAGCUACCCAUUUCUAUGCGCCUAAUCUCCAUACUAAAGACUCAUCUCUGCAUAAUAAAGCUAAUGUUUUGCUACAGUUUGCAGGUGAAAAUAAAUAUUAAAAUAUUAGAAAAUG